UUCAUAUGACAGAGUAGCCAUUCAGUAUUCUUUUGCAUUAACUUCUAACCUAAACUUAAAAAUAAUAGAAUCUUAAGAUUUCUAUGGUUACAACAUUGUUAGGCAUUCUAAAUUUCAAUUGGUAUUCUAAAUAUAUAAAUAGAACAUUAAUGCACAGAUGAAACACUUUGCAUUUCUCCAUGCAGUUAAUCACAAAAAGUUAUAUACCCGAAGAACCCGAGAAUAAUGUUGAAUAGGUCAACAUUACAAGACGAUGCAAACGAAUAUCACACAUUUUGAACUGUAUCAUUCUAACGUACAAGACUUGCUUAGGCCUAGAUGUCUAUUUGACGGCCUUGGUUGCUCAAACAGGGGAAAAUGGCCAAUUUGUGGAAAUUGAAUACUCCACAACCACAACCCCAAACCGCUGGCGAGCCCCUGGAGUAUGUGACCUGUGUAGGGAGAGCACUACAGCCACGCUCAGACGCUGCAGAGUACGACAAAAGAGGGUCGUCCUGCAAACCCAGACCACAGCAGACAAGAUACACUAUCAGAGUCAGAUCUAAACCACUGAUGCCCACCUCAGACCCUGACGAUAAACCAAUGCUCUCCAUCGACCAAAGGGCCGACACAGUCAAUGUUGAGAGGUGGUCCAAGUGUGACAGUGAAUGUGACGCAGACAAGAUCAAGACCUCCAGGCUGUCUAAAUUCUCCCUAAGACCAGUCAUCGUCUCCCAGGGCAGUGUAAAGACACAGGUGAUUCAGGACCCCAAGGCAGGCACACUGGAAUCCAACCCGAGUCUCCUGGGAGCAAACGACAGCAUGGAAAGCCCAUACCUGAAACAUCAGAAACGAAAGAAGAAGAUGAUUAAUGGUUUCAAGCCUUUGAAACCUGUUGCUCCACAGCAACCAAGUAUUUUGCAGUGUGCCGGCAUCACUCCAGACCCCAGGAUGGAGCCGGCCAAUCAUCAGCAAGGUUCCGGAAGGGCUCCAGUGUUCCGCCGCUUCUAUGAGGUGGUGGUGGAGGAGCCCCAGAGAGUUGGACGUCGAACGUCAAGACAGAGGUCUGCCCCCGAUUCCAGGGGGUGGCGGUUGGAGCACUGUGGCGGUUGCCUGGACGAGCGUCUGGAUACGGCGGCGGACUCGAUGAAGGUGGCCUGGUCUUCCUCUGAGGAUGUCCAGCUGGAGCUGACAGGGUUAUGCCUUCAGAGGGGAUGUGGGACGGUUGGACAGGGGAGGUGUGGAUCACCAGCCAGUGGGUACCCAGCAAAGGAGGCCUGCGGCAGGAGCUCGGUGUCGGGUGACUCUGCGGAUGCUCCUGGGUGUGUGGAUGGUCUGGAGGAUUACGCUACAGAGGACAGUUGUAAGGACACAGAUUCAUUCUACGACACUAAAUGGGACCCCGGUCAACUUAAAGUGACCUUCAAACUCAAAAAUUCGAACGUGCUGUUGAGUUUCUCCGAAAAGCCAUCGACUUGAUUGGACAGGAGGCAUCUCUUGAGACAGACCUGUCUGUGAUGUCUAUCAACUACAUACAUUCCCCCCAAAAAUCUGAAAUACAUAAAUAAAUCAAAACUAAGAAAACACAAAGAU